GUUUAACAUAGUGCCCAUCGUCCAUUCAUCUGCUGAAAAAUACACAGCAGUAGAAUGAGAGAGGUGAAAGCGAAGAGUCAGAGGCGCCUUUAAAACACCGCAAAGAUGGAGGACGGCCUGGUGUCGGAGGAUGAUAUCUUGCUGUGGUCAGAAAAGGAGUUCCAUGAUGCUGCAAAGAGGAACGACACAGAGAAAAUGCAGGAGCUGAUCAAAAAGGGGGUGGACGUCAAGGCCAGAAAUAAAAUAGACCGGAAAGCUCUGCACUGGGCAGCAGGAGCUGGGAAUGAACAGGCUCUGCGUCUGCUACUAGACCAUGACACCGAAAUUGAUGAGCGGGACACUUUUGGCAUGAAUGCUUUGCUUCUGGCAUCCUGGUUUGGUCACCUUAAAAUCUUGCAGAUCCUGGUGUCCUGUGGAGCAACACUCAACUGUGAAAACAAAGAUGGUCUGAGUAUGCUGCACUGUGCUGCUCAGCGAGGCCACAUCAACAUAUUGGAGUUCAUCAUGGAGGACCUGGAAGACAUCUGUCUUGACAGAGUUGACAAGUCAGGGAAGACAGCUCUGCACCUGGCGGCUGAACAUGGACAGUUUGAAGUGGUGGAGUUUCUGAUUGGAAUGGGUUGCACACAUGGUUUGAAGGACAAGGAAGAGAACACAGCCAUGCAUCUAGCAGCAAAGUGUGGGCACACUGAGGCCCUGCAGAAGAUUCUGGAGACAGGAGUCGACGUCGAUGAGAGGAAUAUAGAUGGUCUGACAGCGUUGCACCUGACAGCUGAUGGAGGCCACUAUAACUGUGUCAAACUGCUGCUGGAGUCUGGCUGUAAUGUUAAUGCACAAACUAAUAAGAAUAGGAAUGCACUCCAUUACACUGCCCAGCAUGGCUUUGACAGAGAGGCCAGAUUGCUGCUGGAGGCAGGAACCAACAUAGAUGCUGUAGACAAUCAACACAACACACCGCUUCAUCUAGCUGUCUUCAACAAUCACACAGAAGUUGUGCGGCUGCUUAUAGAUGCUGACUGUGACUUGGACAUCACUGAUAGCAGACAGCAGACUGCUUCGCACAUAGCAGCAGAGCAUGGCUGGCAGGACAUAGCUGAGAUGAUGUUGAUCUCUGGUGUUAACCUCAAUCUAUCUGACAAGCAGGGGAAAACAUGUCUGGAGGUGGCAGCAAGAGGAAACCAUGUCAUCCUGGUCGACAUGAUCAUCAAAGCUGACCGUUUUUAUAAAUGGGAGAAGGAUCACCUGGGCAGUGAGCAGGACUCCUUGGUGGGGAGGCCUCUGAGCUUCAAACAGGACCACCAGGCAGAGACGCAGCACCUCCGCUCUGUCCUGUGGAGCCUUGCCACCAAGCACCUCUGUCGCGGGGAAUGGAAGAUUCUGGCACAACACUGGGACUUCAGCGAUGCACAUAUACGAGCUAUAGAACAACAAUGGACAGGUACGAAAAGCUUCAAGGAGCAUGGUCACCGAAUGCUGUUAAUCUGGCUUCAUGGAGUCGUGGUGGCGGGGGAGAACCCGAUCAAAGGCCUCUACGAGGGGCUGGUGGAAAUCUCACGGACAGACUUGGCAGAAGGCAAACGCAGAGACCAGCUCUCCCAGAAUGUGCUCUGCAAUGUGAUCAACGCUGUGAGAGACUGCAAAGGCAACACAACAGAUCCAAAUAUUUAACUGUAAAUGCCCAGAACUGAGACCAUGAAAACACUUUUGUAUUUUCCAUGGCAUGACCUGUUUACAUAUUAACACAGGGAAUAUACUGUGAUUGUUUUGAAUUUGGUUCACAGAUCAUUUGUUUUCUUUUAGAAGUGGGGAAAAUGCCUAGUGAAACAUGACAAAAUAAGUUUUUUUUUCUGUUGACACUACUCAUACUGUACUGUAUCCCUGUAAACAAAGGGCUUUUAUUAGCACAUUAUGACUACUUGUCAUUCAGUAUAAUAAAUGUUAAAUGGUAAAUGGA